GCGCACGCCCUGCGCGUCACGACUGAGCGUCUCGGGUGGAGGAGGAAACGCGUUUUAUAAGCGCAUUCUUCUCUCAUUCACAUGCAUGCACCGCCGGAGGAACGCGUUCAGCGGAACACUAGAGACAGACAGAGGCACGGAGACCGGAGACCGGAGACGCGCGACUUUCAUUUCAUUCUUCACUCACCGAAACUCAGAAACGCGUCGCGAUGUUUGCUGAUUCAACGACAGGGUACAGUUAUGAGGAGUGUAAGGCCACAGCUGAUUGGCUGCUGGCUCAGGCUCCAGUGCGCCCCCUGCUGGGGAUCGUGUGCGGCUCCGGUCUCGGAGGACUGGCAGAAAUGCUGAAAGAUCCGCUGGUCAUCGACUACAGUGACAUCCCCAGCUUCCCUCGGAGCACCGUUCACGGUCACGCUGGAAGGCUGGUGUUCGGCAAGCUUAAAGGAAAGCCGUGUGUUUGCAUGCAGGGCAGGUUUCAUCUGUAUGAAGGAUACACCAUUCAGAAGACCACUAUGCCGAUGCGUGUGUUUAAGCUGAUGGGCGUGGAGACGGUCAUCCUGACCAAUGCCGCUGGCGGACUCAACCAGGACUUUAAAGUGGGAGACAUCAUGGUCAUAAAGGACCACAUCAAUAUUCCAGGAUUCGCUGGAAACAAUCCGCUAGUGGGAGCAAACGACAAGAGGUUCGGCGAGCGCUUUCCGUGUAUGUCGGAUGCGUAUGACCGUGAUCUGCAGCAGCUGGCUCAUGCGGUCGCAGCGGAGCUGGAUUACUCUGCGUUCAUGCAGGACGGUGUGUACAGCGCCUUGGCCGGCCCGUCCUUCGAGACCGUCGCCGAAUGCAAAAUGCUGCGCUUCCUCGGAGCCGACGCCGUGGGCAUGAGCACGGUUCACGAGGUGAUCGUGGCGCGUCACUGUGGGAUGAGGGUCGUGGCUCUGUCUCUGAUCACCAAUCAGACGGUGAUGGAUUACGACAGCGAGAAGAAAGCCAAUCACGAGGAGGUUCUGCAGACGGGCGAGCUGAGAGCGCAGCAGAUGGAGAAACUCGUCUCCACCAUGGUCUCCCGCAUAAGCUGCGAAACAAGAAGACACUAACGCACUGACCGCCAACACAUCCACACGCACAUCGCUAGACAAGAAUGCUAGUCAUAGCUUUCUUUUACAAUGUUUACAGGAACAAAGUGUUUUAGGGAACAUUUCCCAUCAAACAAAGCACUGCUGCUCCUGUCAUCGCCAAAGUUAUUUUAGUUUAAACCGAUCAUGGUAUCAUUGUUUUAAUGUGUAUUUAUUGUGUCCAAAUGUCUUAAAAGUGAUUUAUUUAAAACUUAAGUUAAAUAACACAUAAAAUAAGUCCAUUCGUGAAGAAAAGAGUUUUAAAAAGAAGCACUGUUACUGAAUUCGCUGAGAGGCACUGAAGGAAAGAUGACUGUAUUUAAUGCAACUUAUUUAUGUAAACGAGCUUAAACUGUAAGGUUUUUGAAGUUGUUUUAAAUUGCACUAAAUGGAGUAUUUAGGUGUUUUGUGUGUCAGUUUUAAGACCUAAAUUGCUGUUUUACUGACUUUAACCAGCACUUUUCCCAAAAACAUUUAUUUUAUUGACCUGAACUUUGAAAUUGCACUUCAAGCUUUGUGUUUCAUAGUUGUUUCUAUGAUCUGAUUCAAUGCAAUUAAAAUGAUGUUGCU